UAUAAUAUCUUUGGGGUGCAGAAGAUAAUGAACUGGCCUGGUAAUUCCACUGAUCUAAAUGCUAUAGAAGCAGCCUGGCCAUGGCUAAAGCAACGAACUACCUCCUGUGGCGCCCCCCGAGAUAAGAAGACUGGAAAACAGGCAUGGAUUGAUGGAUAGAGUGAGCUAACUCAGGAGCAUAUUAAGCAGUGGAUAGAGCGCCUAGUACGCCAUAUCCAGGAGGUUAUUAAGCAUGAGGAGGUAAUGAAUAUAAGGGACUACGCGCCAUGAUAAUAGGGUGUGGAAGAGGAAGAGGUGAAAGGGAGAGCUCCCUAGGCGUCAGGAUCUAGGAGAUGGCCCCCUCUUUUAAAUCAUCUCAAGGAGGUUCUCUAUGGGCAGCAAUAGCUUCAUUUUG